ACAAACACACGCGCGCCCACCACACCCUGCCGCACAUCCUCCCCCCAUUGUAUCAGCCAGACAUAUAAGCCGCCUACCUGAGCCGUGAUCUCUCAACCCACGGAACGGAUAGCUCACGCACAGCUUCGCUGUCCGACCCCAUCACGCAAUCAACUGCAGCAGUGAUCAACACGGACACAAGUCCCUCACUCGGCUGACUCAAGCCGCACACAUCCAGACACACCGCGCUCGUAACAGACACGGACACCACCCCCACCGCUCCGUUCAUUCGACGUCGCUCGACCCGAAGAUAACAAAGAUGGGAAGAUCAACGUUAGUCCUGACAGUGGCGUUGGCAGUGCUUUAUCUUGUUGCGCCGACAGAAGGCCAACUCCGACCUGAUGGGAUUGGAGUCUGCUCUGAGAAGAUCACCAAAAUCCAGGCCUACAUCUCCUACUACAAGAACGCUCAGCUCGUGACAACAUCGAAGCUCAGCUACCGCGUGGUCCAGAUCACGCAGUACGUGUGCUGCCCGGGAUGGCUCGUCAGUGGUGACGAGUGUCCUAUCUUCACGUGCCAGGACCAGUGCCUCAACGGGGGCGUGUGCAGCUCCAACAACACGUGCACCUGCCCGCGGGGAUACACGGGCCUCCUGUGCGAAAACGACAUCGACGAGUGCCUUACACUGAACGGAGGCUGUGAGCAGACCUGCAUCAACCUUGACGGAUCCUUCAACUGCUCCUGCAACAGCGGCUUCACCCUGGGGGCUGACGGCCUGGCCUGUGAAGAUAUUGACGAGUGUAAGGCCCUGCCAAGCCCCUGUGCUCAGAUCUGCAUCAACUCCAUCGGCUCAUUCAAAUGCGCGUGCAACAGCGGCUAUGUGGUAGCUGUCAACGGCCUGGCUUGUGAUGAUAUCAACGAGUGCAUCGCAAGCUCUCCCUGCCAGUCGCAAUGCAGCAACAGCGUGGGGAACUACUCCUGCAGCUGCCCGACGGGACAGAUCCUCAACGAUGACGGGAGGACGUGCAGAGACGUGGACGAGUGCGGAGCGGCGGUGUCUCCGUGUUCCCAGUUCUGCGUCAACACGUGGAGCUCACAUCGCUGUGCGUGUCCACUGGGCUUCCAGCUGGCAGGGGACGGAGUCGCCUGUAGCGACAUUGACGAGUGCGUGCUCAGCCCCAGCGUGUGCGCGGUGCACUGUGCCAACACCCCGGGCUCCUACAGCUGCUCCUGCGACCCGGGCUACGUCCUCGCCGAAGACAACAGCAAGUGCAUCGAUGUUAAUGAGUGUGCGUCGUCACCUUGCGGGCAAGUCUGCGUCAAUUCCAUCGGCUCGUUCGCGUGCAAGUGCCACCCGGGAUUCCUUCUCAAUGCAGUGGACCACAAGACCUGCGAUGACGUUGACGAGUGUGCGGCGUCUCCGGGACCCUGCAACCAGACCUGCACCAACUCGAUCGGCUCCUUCGCUUGCUCCUGCACCGCCGGAUGGGUCCUAGGCAAAGACAACAGCAGCUGUGAAGACGUGAACGAGUGCGCCGUCUCCAACGGAGGAUGCUCCAACCUCUGCGUCAACAGCCCCGGCUCGUUCGCGUGCCACUGCCCCACCGGCUACAUCCUGGCGAGCGCCUCCACCUGCGCAGACGACAACGAAUGCGCCAAAGUUCCACCUCCCUGUAACGGGACCUGCACCAACAACGCCGGCAGCUACUCCUGCAGUUGUGGGUCCGGUCUGGCCCUGGCCUCGGACGGUCACUCCUGCAUCGACGUUGACGAAUGUCUCUCGUCGCCGUGCAACCAGAACUGCGUCAACGACUUCGGGUCCUUCCACUGCACCUGCAACCCCGGAUUCGUGCUCAGCGCGCCCACGACGUGCACGGACGUUGAUGAGUGUGCGGCGUCUCCGGGACCCUGCAACCAGACCUGCACCAACUCGAUCGGCUCCUUCGCUUGCUCCUGCACCGCCGGAUGGACCCUAGGCAAAGACAACAGCAGCUGUGAAGACGUUGAUGAGUGUGUCCUCAACUCGUUCGGCUGCCUGGGAGACUGCGUGAACACGCAGGGAAGUUUCCACUGCACGUGCCUCAAAGGAUUCCGGUUGGACGUUGAUCAAAAGACUUGCGUUGAUGUGUUGGAGUGCGCCAACAGCCCCUGCGCGCACACGUGCAGCGAACUGCUCGGAGGAUUCCAGUGCAGCUGCAUGGCCGGCUGGGAGUUGGCGCCGGACAACUCGUCCUGUAUCGAUGUGGACGAAUGCAAGCUGAACAGCGACAAAUGUAACCAGACUUGCGUCAACACGAAUGGGUCGUACAUCUGCGAGUGUCAACCUGGCUUCUCUCUCAACGCUGAUCUCUUCAUGUGUGACGACAUCAACGAGUGCACUGGUGGCACGGCCCCCUGCCAACAGAUCUGCACGGACUCCUACGGGUCGUAUGCCUGCUCGUGCAACCCUGGAUUCUUGCUGUCAGCAGACAAGCACUCGUGCGUGGACGUGAACGAGUGCGACUCAGCCAACGGCGGAUGCGCUCAGAUCUGCGACAACACUAACGGGAGCUACGCCUGUGCCUGCAAGCCGGGCUACACGCUCAACGCCGACGGUCACCUUUGCGACGACGUGGAUGAGUGCACACUGAAUACCGCCGCCUGCCAGGAUUCGUGCACCAACAACGUGGGCUCCUUCGCCUGCUCCUGUCCCGUCGGCUUCAAGCUGCAGGCUGAUGGGAAGAGCUGCUCAGACAUCAACGAAUGUGCCGACCCAGCGCUCAGCGGCUGCAGCGACUUUUGCAUCAACACGAACGGCUCCUUCAAGUGCGGCUGCCACCCUGGAUAUCAGCUGUUCAACAAGACCGCUUGCCAAGACAUCGACGAGUGUGCCAGCAGCAACGGGAAUUGCCAACAGCUGUGCGUCAACAGCCCGGGCUCCUUCUCGUGCAAGUGCGACGUGGGCUACGUGCUGCUGGACAACGAGAGCGCAUGCAUGAAGUGUGGUGGUAGCAUGUCUCUGCUGUCGGACUCCAUCUCGUCUCCCGGCUACCCUUACAUCGGCUUCGCGGUGUCCGAGACGUGCACGUGGAACAUCACACUGCCCCAGUUCUACCGGGUCAACAUCACCUGCGGACAAGUGCUGUUUGGCGAUGCGGGGUUGUGCACCUACGCCAACAUGAGCCUCGUGCUCUCCGCCACGUCCACCAAGAAAGUGUGCAAGGCGCUCACCGCCCCGGCGCUCAGCUCUGCCAACUUCCUCCUGCUCGACUACUACAACUCGGGCACAGGGCUCGACACGGGCUUCCAGUGCAGCUACUCCUCCUUUUACCGCAGGAGGGUGACGCUCACCGCCGCCACGGGCAGCUUCAUGGCUCCCAACGAGACGGCGACCACGUUCGCGAGUAACGCCAACCUCACCGUCACCAUCACACGCACCGGCAAGUUCAUCUGCACCAAGUUCAGCUCCUUCAGCCUCACGGGAGCGACCCCUUGCGGGUCGUCGGGAGACUUCCUGAUGGUGUACGACAGCGCGACGACCCUGACCGGGUACCGGGCCACGCUUUGUGGCUCCGCCAUCCCGCCGGCGAUCCUCAGCAUGGGCAGCUCCAUCACGUUCAGCUUCAUCAGCGACAACGUCGACUCCAUCGGAGGCUUUGUGGCCGCCUACACGACCGGGCUGGCGACAAUGGCCUGCGUCUAGUGGGUGAACCGCUCGCGAGCAACAGCAAACGCUUCUCAAAGAAAACACAGAAACAGCGGCGGAACGACGGGCAUCACGGACACUGACCUACGAUCGGAGAUGGCACAAAAAUUAUAUAUUAAUAUUAAGCAAAGCAAAGGAAUAUUGAGAAAUCGAAAUUGUUAUGGCAGUGAUCGCCGCUGCCAAGCAUUGCAAGCUCCUAGUAGCAGGUCGCUGGCACUCACCACCACUCACCAGCUGCUACUCACCUGGCACUCACCACCACUCACCAGCUGUAACUCACCUGGCACUCACCACCACUCACCAGCGUCAACUCA